UUUCCCGCUGAUUGGGCUUCACGGGGAGGUCAUCACUCUUUCACCUUCAUUUUUCCGGCCAACCCCAGGAUAUUAUUUCCAUCGGGCGAGCCGGCGGUCACUCGGAAUUAGGCAUGCCGUUAUGCUCCGCGGCCUUCGCCGACCCGGCGAAGCUCGGGUCCUCCGCCUCCCUCGACGUCUUCGGUUCUCCAGUCCGGUGCCCUCCUGGCGUUUGCCUUCUUCGGCACGUCUCCGGAGAAUGGAGGCAACCCAUAUCGGUCCCGGUCGUCACCAGCUCCGGGAAGAAGACCGUCGAGGUGACGACCAAGGGCAUCCAGAAGGACGAGAAGCGGAGGAUGUCUCAGAUCCUGAGGACGGAGGCCGCUAUUGGAAGUGUCCAGCGUAAGGCAGGGUUCUCGCGUUCCGGUCGGCUGUGGCCAAAGGCUGUACUCGAGGCUUUAUCUCAGAGCAUCGAGCAGGACCAGUGGGAGUCUGCUCUUAGGAUAUUUGGAUUACUUCGGAUACAACACUGGUAUACUCCAAAAUGUCAAACUUAUGUACAACUCUUUAGAAUGCUUGGGAGGUCCAAACUACCUGGACAAGCAAGUGAACUCUUCAGACUCAUGUUGUCUGAAGGGCUGAAGCCAACUGUUGAUGUCUACACCUCUUUAAUGGGUGUUUAUGGCCUUAGCGGACGUUUGGAUGAGGCAUUUCGUGUACUUGACGAGAUGAAGACUGUUUGUGAAUGCAAACCAGAUGUAUAUGCUUAUACGCUUCUCAUUAACUGCUGCAGCAAGUCGCAUCGGUUUGAUCUGAUCAACAAGCUGCUGACAGAGAUGUCCUAUUUGGGUUUUGACUGCAGCAUUGUAACUUAUAACACAAUCAUUGAUGGGUAUGGGAAGAUGGGGAAGCUUGAAUUGAUGGAAGAUUUGCUUAUGGAUAUGCUGGAAGGCGGCAAAUGUUUGCCUGACAUAUAUACAAUGAACUCUUUCUUAUGGGCUUAUGGGAAUGCUGGCCAAAUAGAGAAAAUGGAAACAUGGUAUCAAGAAUUUCAAGUCAUGGGCAUUGAACCGGAUUUGACAACAUUUAAUAUCUUGAUCAAAUCAUAUGGUAAGUCAGCCAUCUAUGAGAAGAUUGAAUUGGUCUUGGAGUUUAUGAAGAGGCGUUUUUUUUCACCAGAAAUAGUUACUUAUAAUAUAAUUAUUGAGAUAUUUGGUAAAGCUGGAAAUAUCCAACAAAUGGAAUAUUUCUUUGAUGUGAUGAAGAAGCAAGGAAUGAAGCCUAAUUGCAUCACGUACACUUCGCUUAUCACUGGAUAUAGUAAAGCAGGACGACUCGAUAAGUUUGGAACAAUUCUAAGACAAAUAAAUAACUCUAAUGUAGUUUUGGACACAACAUUUUUCAACAGCAUUAUCAGUGCCUAUGGUCGUGCUGGGGAGUUGAAAGCAAUGAAGCAGAUGUUUGGGGAGAUGAAAAGGAGGAAGUGCCAGCCUGAUGAUAUCACUUUUGCUUCCAUGGUCCAGGCAUAUGAUGCAAGGGGGAUGAUUGAGGCUGCUAAAGAGCUGGAAAUUGAAGCCAUUAGGAUUCAGAGGCGCAGCACUGGCAGAAGAUUAUUGACAUAAAAAUUUUUCUCAACUGAUUGACACUAGGAGAUACAAAACAACAAGCUGCAGUUUUGCAUUCUUUGCAACUGGAUGACUGAAGGUAAAAAGUUGAUAACGAUGGAAAGAGAGGAAUGGAGAAACAGUCAUUGGAACUUGGAGUAUCACGCAGGAAAGGAGAUAGAAUUCAAGCUACUUUCCCAUUAGAGUUUGAGAUUCCUUCCAGCCAGCACGGGGCAGGGAAAAAAUACAGAACUUCAAGGCAGUGAGACAUAUAUGUGUUUGUCUUUUAGCUUGUGAAAAAGAGAAAAAGGGAAAAGAACGUGUUGGAUCAUAACGAAUUGGUUGUGCCUGUGGUGACGAGAACAUCUUCCAUGGGGAUUGCACAAGCAUCUACUAAUCCAAUAUGGUGUAAGCAGUUAUGUAGCUUCCACUUCUAGUUGUAUGUUCAUUAAGACAGGACAUUGCACCAUUAAUUAUUAUCGUGAGUGGCUCCUGAAUCACUUGCUCAGAUUGACAGAUCGUGGAAUUCAAGAUGUAUUUUUCAAUUUGAAGUGGUCUAAGCAAAAGAUGGCACUAACGACACGGUCUAGAAUGAUGAGAUCAUACUGGUGUUCGAGAAAUGCACAUGUAGGAACUAGGGUGCUUCGCUGCUAUUUCAACAAGGAUUCAGGCACGGGUGUCCCUUCCAACUCAUUUCUAGGAAGGGUUGAUGAGAUUGCUUAUGCUGUAACAGAAAAGAAGAUGAUUUUGAGGGUUGAUAAGAUUGCUUCUGCUAUAACGAAAAAGAAGAUUUUGUGAGCAUGCGUGCCCGAAGCUCUUGAAACCCUUGUAUUCUCUUUCCGCAGCACGAGAGAAGACACUUUGUUCAUGAAUUCACAGAAAGCUCGACUCGAAAUGGACAACUUGCCUUUCUUCAUACAAAAUCUUAAUCAGUUAAGGAUGGUAUGUGUUAGUUUAUGUUAGAAGAGUUGUACUGUCUUGUGUAGGCUACUACGUGAUAGGAAAUCUAGUACAUGUAUGAUUCAAUUUUGACAAAACAGAGAGAGUAUAGAAAUACUGUUACAGUUUUUCUUUUUAAGAAAAAUUAUACUGGGUUCUAAAUUUUCCUCUUGGCAAAGUUAUUUGCAACAUCCUCCAAGUUUAAAAGGGCAUA